ACCAAUGAACAUGGACCAAAUUCUACAAAUCCCCCACCUGACGUCAUAAAUGAAGAGGAAGAGUGGGAAGUCGACAAGAUCCAAGACACUAAAUGGCGCAGACUCGAAGGUUCUCGUUCUCAAGCCUUGCACUUCUUAGUACACUAUGCAGGCUAUGAUGACAGCGAGAACCAAUGGAGACCUCACACAGAAUUCCACGACGACGAUCAA